AUGGCACCUGCAAUCACUUCAGCUAUGAUCUACUGUAAUGAGCACUGGACUCUGACCAACAAGGUAAAUUGAGUUACAAAUAGUGUCACAUUGUUUCAGUAUUUGCUUCUAGAAUACAGCGAUUCAUGUCAGCUCUGUUGUAUUCAGAAUAAGAUUAUUAAUGACUCUCCUCUUCUCUUCUUGCAGCUAAGAAAGCCAGUGGUUGAAAAGUUACGCAGAGAUCGUAUCAACAACAGCAUUGAGCAGCUCAAGUCUCUCCUGGAUCCAGAGAUCCUCACCCAACAGCCAGAUUUCAAACUGGAGAAAGCCGACAUCCUGGAGAUGACAGUUUGCUUGCUGAGACAACAGCAACAGUACCAGCCAGUGAGUGCCUCCUCCUGCUCAGCAGGUGUCAAUGAGUGUUACUCCAGGUGUGUCCAAGAGAUUGUGCACUUCCUGUCCAAGGAUGAGGUGAAGACACAGUCCCAGAGAAGACUGCUGAGCCACUUCCAGAGCCUGCAGCCAUCCUCUGAUAAGAACAGGAGGGAGAGUGACCUGCCUCAGUUGAGCUCCCCAGCCCAGCACAGCAUCAGCAAAGAGAAGAGUCCAGUCAACAGCGCUCUCUGGAGGCCCUGGUAG